UGCUAAAGGGCUCUCUCUGGGUGAUUUGGAGGAUUCCGGGCACAAAGGCUAAUGAGUUAGGGUUCAAGCCUCUAACUACAUCACAAUACCUAGGUAAGAGGUUGUAUGACACAUCAUAGCCCCCAUUUGUUUUUUUGUUUUUUUUUAAUUUUUUUUGUUUUAAUUUUUUUAAUUUUCGUUUAAAUAUAUAUUUUAUUAAUAACGGACCAAUCAGAAGGUGACACGUGGCAAGUGGUGGGGUCAACUAACGGACACUGGCAAUCAACUAACGGCCUUCAGUCAGGCACUCGGUACAUUUUUUUAAAACUCGGUGGCAUUUUGUGAAUUUUUAAAACUUGACAUUUGGUGAAUUAUUAAAGUGCUCAAUAAUAUUUGGUGAAAUAGCCGUUUUUUUUAACUUUCCCUCCUAGAAUGAUUAUCGUACAGUAUAAACUAAGGUGGGUAUUUCAUACAACGUGAUGCCAUUUUGAAGAUUUUGCUAGAUCCAUUUUUCUUUCCUUCAAUCAAGUUAAAGAAUUCUUGGAUCCAAUUACGAAUUUCCCCAACGAAGGAUUACAUGUUAACAUGAUCAUGGACCCAUCAGCAAGUAGUUUUAGCUCAUACAGCGACACCGAAUCGAGUCAUUUGCCUCUGAUAAGCAGACUUCCGGAUGACAUUGCUUUGUUUUGCUUGGCAAGGGUUCCUAGGAAGUACCAUACAGUUUUGAAGUGUGUUUCAAAGAGGUGGAAAGACUUGGUGUGCAGUGAAGAGUGGUGGGAUUAUCGCCAAAAGAACAAUUUAGGCGAAUCUUGGAUAUAUGCAUUGUGCAGAGACAAGAGUACUGAUCAAGUGAGCUGCUAUGUGUUAGACCCUAGCUCUUCUAGACAGGGAUGUUGGAAGUCUAUUUCUGGUAUUCCGCCUCGAUGUUUAAAGAGAAAAGGAAUGGCCUUUGAAACAAUUGGCAAAAAGUUAUACCUUUUAGGGGGUUGUGGUUGGUCUGAGGAUGCCACUGAUGAAGUUUAUUGCUAUGAUGUGGCCAUGAAUACUUGGAGUGAAGCACCUUCCAUGUCAACUGCAAGGUGCUAUUUUGGCUGUGUUAAUAUGGACGGGAAGAUUUAUUCUAUAGGCGGAUAUGGUUUAGAGACGAGUGAUCCACAUUCUUGGGACACUUAUGAUCCUAGAACAAACUCUUGGGAUUCACAUUCAGACCCAAAUAUCAUCCUUGACAUAGAGGAUUCUGUAGUGAUGGGCGGAAAAAUCUACAUAAGAUCUCGCACUUCAACCAUACCACCUCAUGUGUAUAUAGCUGUCUACGAUCCAUCGAGUGGCAAGUGGCAACAAACAGAUGCUGAUAUGGCAUCAGGUUGGCAGGGCCCUACUGUAGUUGUGGAUGAUACACUCUAUGUACUGGACCAGAGUUUGGGAAGCAAGUUGAUGAUGUGGCAGAAAAACACUAGGGAAUGGAUUCCCUUGUGUAGGCUCUCGCCUCUCCUUCCAAGACCACCAUGUCAGAUGGUUGCUAUUGGAAGAAAAAUCUUCAUAAUUGGCAAAGGGCUCAGCGCAGUUGUUUUGGACAUUGGCAACGUUGGUAAUGCGGAUAGAGUGAUAGCAAGCUCAUCUAUACCAAAUUUUUCCUGUGAUGAUGAUGUAAUUUGCUGUAAAAGUGUGUCAAUCUGAAUUCUUUUCAUGUAAAUCUACUCUGAUGUUUGUAUUUUACCAUGGGACUUUUCAAGUCCUUGUAAUCAACCAAUUUCAAAUUCGUAAUGGUAAAUAAUACCUAGUAUAUCA